GCCAUUUCAGGAGGGACAGAUUUCUAUGUGUAGGUACCUAGGUACUCCCAGCUUUGGACAUUUGGAUUUUGGGGCCAGCCUGGACGGAUUUCAAUUCCAAUCAUCACCAAAACUCCAUAACAGCAUCACCGCCCGUUCAUCUUUCCUCGACCCCAGCAAAUUUCAACUGGGAUGCAUGUUCGCAUUGACCUCGUUAAACCACCUCUUUAACUGCUGGGACGGCUCUUUUAAUUGUUCAAUUCUACUUCAGCCUUGUGUAUCUAACGAAUCUCACACCAUCCCUCGAGCCUUUCGAAGCCGUUAUUCUCCCGACACGACCCUCCAAUAUAAUACCUGAACUUGGUCUACCUAACCCAAGAUUGAUCUGGCCCUCCUCGUUCCGCGUUGGUCUAUCUACAUACAUCCUAAUAUAUCUGUUCGUGUCCACCACGUCGGCGUAAGCCGCAACAAUUAUUCAACAUGGCGACUUUCCUCGAAAACGCAUAUAGCUUAGUCCACCAGGACAAUGCUGCAGAUGUCCCAUCCAUGUCAGAUCUGCGCAUGCAGCUGGAAAAGGGUACGGAUGAGACAAAGGUCGACACCAUGAAGCGCAUCUUAACUAUCAUGUUGAAUGGAGACCCUAUGCCUCAGCUCCUUAUGCACAUUAUCCGAUUCGUCAUGCCUUCAAAAUAUAAGCCCUUGAAGAAACUAUUAUAUUUUUACUACGAGAUCUGCCCCAAGCUCGACUCCUCCGGCAAACUGAAGCAGGAGAUGAUUCUUGUUUGCAAUGGCAUUAGAAAUGAUCUUCAGCACCCGAACGAAUACAUCAGGGGAAAUACGUUACGAUUCCUUUGCAAGCUACGAGAACCAGAGCUUAUCGAACCCCUAUUAUCCUCUGCUCGGGCUUGCCUUGAGCACCGCCACGCCUACGUCCGAAAGAACGCAGUCUUUGCCAUCUCUUCCAUCUUCUUACAUUCACCAUCCCUCAUCCCGGACGCCUCCGAGCUGAUCGCUACUUUCCUCGAGGGAGAGAGCGAUGCUACUUGCAAGCGCAAUGCUUUCUCUGCUCUGGCUAGCAUUGACCACGAGAAGGCCCUAGUAUACCUGAGCUCCGUUUUUGAAGGCAUUCCGAACGCCGAGGAGUUGUUACAGUUGGUGGAGCUAGAGUUCAUUCGAAAAGAUGCAGUUCAGAACCCUCAGCACAAGGCUCGUUACUUAAGACUCAUCUUCGAUCUAUUGGAGGCCGGAGCUUCGACGGUCGUCUACGAAGCUGCUUCGUCUUUAACAGCGUUAACUAGCAACCCGGUUGCGGUAAAGGCGGCAGCGGCUAAAUUUAUCGAACUCAGCAUAAAGGAAGCCGAUAACAAUGUGAAACUCAUCGUUCUUGAUCGGGUUGACCAGCUACGACAGAAGAACGAGGGCGUACUCGACGAUCUAGUGAUGGAGAUUCUACGUGCGCUAUCUAGUCCCGACAUCGACGUCCGACGAAAGGCCCUCAGCAUCGCGCUGGAGAUGGUGUCGAGCAAGAAUGUGGAAGAGGUCAUCUUACUACUCAAGAAGGAGCUGUCUAAGACUGUUGAUCAGGAAUACGAGAAGAACGCCGAAUACCGACAGCUCCUCAUCCACUCCAUUCACCAAUGUGCCAUCAAGUUUUCGGAAGUUGCAGCCAGCGUUGUCGAUCUACUUAUGGACUUCAUUGCCGACUUCAGCAAUUCCUCCGCUGUCGACGUCAUUAGCUUUGUCAAGGAAGUGGUGGAGAAGUUCCCAAAGCUUCGGCCAUCUAUUGUCUCCCGACUAGUUGAGACUCUCAGCGAAGUGAGAGCAGGCAAAGUUUACCGUGGGAUUAUCUGGAUUAUCGGCGAGUAUUCUCUGGAAGAGAAAGAUAUCCGUGAUGCCUGGAAGAGUAUACGCGCAAGUCUAGGAGAGAUACCUAUCCUUGCUUCCGAGCAGCGACUAUUGGACAAUGUAGACGGCGAUGAAGAGAAGGAAAAGGAGCAGGUUAACGGUCACUCCAAGUCGGCAGCACCGUCAGGCUCGAGAAGAGUCCUUGCCGACGGCACGUACGCUACUGAGACAGCCCUUACUAGCAGCUCGGCAGCGGCCGCCAAACUAGAAGCUGUCAAGGCUGCUCAGAAGCCUCCACUACGCCAGCUCAUCCUCGAAGGCGACUAUUACCUGGCUGCUGUUCUUUCGGCAACCCUUACCAAGCUGGUCAUGCGGCAUUCCGAGAUCUCUUCGGACAAGGCCCGAACGAACGCCCUCAGGGCCGAAGCUAUGCUGAUUAUGAUUUCUAUCAUUCGCGUCGGUCAGUCGCAAUUCGUCAAGGCUCCCAUCGACGAAGAUUCCGUUGACAGGAUAAUGUCCUGUGUUCGGUCGUUGGCGGAGUUCUCCGAGAGGAAAGAAUUGGAAACAGUAUUCCUCGACGAUACGCGGAAGGCUUUCCGUGCUAUGGUCCAAGUCGAAGAAAAGAAGCGGGCGGCAAAGGCUGCUUUCGAAAAGGCCAAGACUGCUGUUCAAGUUGACGACGUCGUUCAGAUUAGACAGCUAUCUAAGAAGAACGUAGCAGACGGUGCUGACGAGAUCGAGCUUGACCUCGAGAGGGCUACUGGUGGAGAGGCCGUAUCAGAAGACCUUACAUCGAAACUAAGCCGCGUCGUUCAGCUUACCGGUUUCUCCGAUCCUGUAUACGCCGAGGCAUAUGUUAACGUACAUCAGUUCGACAUUGUCUUGGAUGUUCUUCUGGUCAACCAAACGACCGAGACGCUCCAGAAUCUGUCUGUUGAGUUCGCUACUCUAGGUGACCUCAAGGUUGUCGAACGACCCACUACGCAGAACCUUGGCCCGCACGACUUCCAUAAUGUGCAGUGUACUAUUAAAGUCUCAUCGACAGAUACGGGAGUCAUAUUUGGUAACGUGGUGUACGACGGAGCCCACAGCACCGACACCAAUGUUGUUAUUCUCAAUGACCUGCACGUCGACAUCAUGGACUACAUCCAGCCCGCCACAUGUACCGAGACUCAGUUCCGCACGAUGUGGACGGAAUUCGAGUGGGAGAACAAGGUCAACAUCAACAGCAAGGCCAAGAGCCUCCGCGAAUUCCUGGAGCAACUAAUGGCUUGCACGAAUAUGAACUGCCUAACGCCGGAAGCCAGCAUGAAGGGCGAUUGUCAAUUCCUGAGCGCCAACCUAUAUGCCAAGAGCGUAUUUGGCGAGGAUGCUCUGGCAAACUUGAGUAUCGAAAAGGAAGGCGAAGAUGGGCCAAUCACAGGUUUCGUCCGCAUAAGAAGCAGAUCACAAGGACUGGCCCUAAGCCUGGGUUCCCUCAAGGGCCUGAACAAGAUCGGUACGGCGGCUGCUUGAUGAGGCAGGAAUUUUUAGGAGUAUAUAAUUUUCAGCGCAGUCCAAUUCCCGUCUCGAAACGGUAAACUCGCAGGUAGUCGUUAAUGACCUGACGAAGGGGGGGCGGCUUUUGGGAGGCUAAAACGAUAGAGAGUAAUGAUAUCCAAGAUGAGAUUCUGAUGUCGUAAGUGGAACGAAUUGCUCGUGUCGAGAUAGCACGGACCAAAAAGCAAAACAAAAAUCGAGGUGCUGGAAGACCUCGGGCUAUGAAUUAGACAAAUGCGAAUUAUUCUUUUACGAAUCACGUAUCGCUUUGAGUAUCGAGUUCUAUAGCGUCUUAGAUAUGCAGUACUAUGCGAGCCCGGGAUUAAUUGGUACCUCUCAUCCUACGUAGUGAUAGGUUAGAUACCUACCUCGUUGGGUAUCUAUUAUUUACAAUCCUGAUAUUACUU